AUGCGCACCUUCACUCUCCUCACGCUGGCAGUUGCUGCUCUUGUGCAGGUGACUACGGCCUACCUGCCUCCCUUCUGCGACGGCCCUGGUCAUCAUCCGCCUUACUGUCCCGGAUCGAAGAGCUUGUUGAGCCACAUGAAUGGCUCCGUUCAGGUCACCACUCUCGGGCCGGAGUUACGUCGCCAAUGCACAGUGUACGCCCAUGGGGGUAACGUGUCGGACGUGCCGAACAUCCUCAAGGCAUUCGAUGAGUGCAAUCAUGGCGGCCACGUCGUAUUCCCCGAGGACCAAAACUACUUCAUUGGCGAGAAGCUGAACCCGACCUUGUACGACGUCUCCGUCGAGUGGCGCGGCUGGUGGACGGUGAAGCCCGACAUAGCAUACUGGGCCAAUAACCAGAGCCACUACUUCAUCCAGUUCCAGAACCAUGUGGCCGCCAUCGUCUUCAGCGGCGACCACUUCAAGAUUGAUGGCCACGGCACUGGCGGCAUCUUUGGCAAUGGCAAUCUGUGGUACCAGGCCGAGCAAGGCACUUCCGUGUUCGGCCGGCCGAUGGCGUUCGUCUUCUGGAACGUCAGCGACGUGCAGGUCGACAAUUUCAAGAACCUCGACCCGCCGUUCUGGUCGACCAACAUCAUGAACGGCACCAACAUGUAUUUCAAUAACCUGGUCAACAAUGCGACCGCCCCCGGCGCACCGUACGGCGAGGACUGGGUCCAGAACACCGACGGCUUCGACACGAUGAAUGUCAACAACAUCUACGUGACCAACUUCACGUACCAAGGCGGCGACGACUGCCAAGCCAUCAAGGACCAGAGCUACAACGUCUUCGCCAAGAACGUCACCUGCAUCGGCGGCAACGGCAUCGCCGUCGGCUCGCUGGGCCAGUACCUCGACGACGCCAGCGUGGCCAACUACGAGGUUGAUGGCGCUAACAUCUACCCCUAUAACGGCGUCUUCGGGCAAGGUGCCUAUAUUAAGACCUGGGUGGGCGUGCCCGUGGCGCAAGACUUCUACGAGUCGUGCUGCCAGCCGCGCGGUGGCGGCUGGGGCAGCGUGCGUAAUAUGGUCUUCCGGAAUUUCAACCUGCAUGGCCCCCAGCGGGUCGGCGCGAUCAACCAGGCGAACGGCGACAACGCCAAUGGCACGUACGCGGGUACGUCUAACAUGGAGAUCUCGAAUGUCGUCUUUGCCAACUUCACGGGAUUCCUCAACGGGCAGGCCCCCAACGACGAUACCGUGCAGAUCCAGUGCUCGGAGCGGCACCCGUGCUUCAACAUCGAGCUGCAGAAUAUCACGGCCACAAAUGGACCCAACACGACCAGUCUCGGCUUGGUGUCGUGCGAGUGGAUCGCGCCCGGUGGCGUGCACUUGGGCAAUAUGAAUGGGACGGGAUGCUGA